AUGGAUGGAGGAGGGAAGCUCGCCAGUACGAAAAUCGUGGCGACGGAUGGGGUGGAGGCAUUUGCUGUGACGCUUACCGCCAAGGAUGUCGAUAAAGCCCAAUCCCCCGCCUCAGAGAUGGGACGGAAUGAAUGGCGCGCAAUCGUCAGCGCCGUCCUCGAAGGUCGGAGGGCGGGAAGGGGUGAGGUUGAGGUCGAUGCGGUUGUCAAAGCUGGUGACGGCAUGACUGUGAUGUUUCGCAGAAGUGUUGGUCACGCAAAGAUCCGACUUGGCGACAUAGAUAUCCUAGCCUCUGAAGCUGAGGAAGUGAGUCUGCUUGAUUGGGUGGGAGAGGGAUGUCUCAUGAGGGAGGAGGCAAUGGCCCAACUUGAACACCUCAGUGCACGAAUCGAGAAACACGAGGAAACGAUCAAGUUACUAAAAUCACAACUAGAUGAUUUAACAAAAGCAAAACGAGACCACGAAUCCCUCCUCCUCGCAAAGUUCACAGCGAUCCUCAAUACCAAAAAACGGAGAAUUCGAGCUAUGAAGUCGGCGCGGCCACUUUCUGAGAUCGAGACGUCGUCACCACGGGGUCAGAGAGGGUCACGAGGGAAGAAACGACAUGUGGACGAUGAAGAGGACGGGUCGGAUUUGGAGAUGGACGGGGAUUCGAGGGCGUCGAGUCCGCAGGCGGAGAGGGAGGAUGAGGAUGAGGCGCCGAUCGUGCAUCGGAGGCAAGUCGAAUCGCUGUCACGGCAUACGGGGUUACGGACAAUAGAGGAGGACGAGGAUAUGGAGGAAGUUAAGGACGAACCACCGAGUUCGAAUACCGGUGUUAUACGACCGGCGAGCCCAGCUGCAGACGAAGAGGAGUACGAUUCCGAUUUAGAACUCUAA